AUGAUCAAAAGGUAGUUGAAAAGUAUUUUGAAUAUUUUUAAAAAUAAAAUUGUUUACAGACCUCGCCUGGCACAAAAAAUUAAAGAAGAACUUCCAGAUGAAAACAUCGAUGUUACUUGGUAUUUAUAGUAUUUCGAAAAUUGAAAUACAUUUAUUUUUCAGCCCAAUAAAAUCGGAAGAUUCGUCAGUUUUGAAAUGUGAACUAUGCGAUACGAUUUGUGUUUCGAUUUCUCAGCUUCAGUCACAUACUCUAAGUCAACAUGUUCCUUCGAAACAAGUAAGUGAUUGGCUGGCCCAAGUGAUCUUCUUGGAAAAAUAGCCGCGUUCAUUUUGGAAAAAAAGUCCCAGCUUCUAGAAAAAUUUUGGUUCAAAAUAUAAAAUAUGAAGUUAAUUCCAAAUCCAGAAAUUUUAUUCUAAAUUAUUCAGAGACCAUGUACAAUCUUGAGCCAAACCAGGGAGAACCAACUUUCAUUUGGCCUCCUGAAAACCCUCUCAAUUUUCCCACAACUGAUUUUCUGAUUUUGAAAAUUCACUUUCACCAAUUUUUCUCCUGAACUCUCAUAUAAAAAAACACGGAGUUUUAUGUAUUCUCCAAAAACUGAAGGCAUAUAUAUUCCCAGAAGACUUUUUGAACUCCUCACAUCGCCAUAUAAUUCUCAAGGGAACUAUACCAAAAACGGAAUAAAAAUCGAUUUUUCUUCGUGCGCUUAGAAUUGUUAGUCAUUGUGGCGCAGCCAAUAGCAAAGGGUGUAAUAUAAGUAAGCCUCUCUGUGACCACGCCCAUUUGGUGGGAUGCAAGGUCCGAGGGAAGAGACGUCAGUCUAUCAAGAGAUGGCUCAACUAUAGGUUCUGAUAGGAAGCGCGAAGACGACACGGAAGACUGUGGAAGCGGAACAUCAGAAGUAAGUCUUGGGCUAAGCGGUAAUUAGGUGUGACGAUAGAAGUCACCUGUAGUGUUCGGGAUAGAACACUGUGUCGAAGACGACAUAUGGUGCAUCGACCGGGAAUCAGAAGCAUGAAUGAACUGCUCGCCGAAAUGGCCGCUGUUUCACGGCGAAAACAAUCGAAGCCGCGAAGAAUGUCCGGAGAAGGCGAUGCGAUGAUGUCACCAAUCGAUUUGUCCACCAAAAAUUUGCUAUUCGAUAGUGAAACGAAGGCAGCGAUUCCAUUGGAAGAUCGAUCGAAUUUUUUUCCGAAUUUGCCAUUCACAAAUCCUCAACAUUUUUUGAGUUUAUGCGCACAAUUGGGCAGCCGAAAUGUGUCGUCGUCAGCGAGUUCGACAUCUUCGUGUCCAAUUCAAUCGUGUUCACAGAGCUUCGGAUCGUCGGCCGCGCUCACUUGGCACAUUUUGGAAGCGCAUGAGGAUGAGCAAGAGGUUUUCUCGUGUGAUUCAUGUGGAGUUAUGUUCUCCAACGGGCAGGAGAUUCGUGAACACCGAUGUGCUACACACAAACAGUCCGCCAGAUGUUCAUCAGUCCCCUCAACUUCGCACUCUUCACAAUCCUGUUUUCUAUCAGUGCCAGCUACACCAGCUCCGCAAUUCUCGAUAAAUGAACAAACAUCAACAAGCUCGAUUCAAAAAUUCGACGAGGAAGACAUCGAUGAAGAGGACGAUGACAGUUUUGAAAAAUCGAGAAUGCCAUUUUUCGGCCUCCCCAAUCAAUUCGGCAUGUUCCCGCCGAACAUGCCACCGCCACAUUUUCUUCUAAGACCACCUAUGCAAUUUGGAGACAAUCGGGAUAUAUUUGGGGCUCGUCAUUCCGCUCAUCAAGGUAGCCAACAACAACAACAACAACAAUCGCAACAUGAAAAUGACGAUGAUUGGGAGGCGUUGAUGGAAAUAUCGACAAGUGAUGAGAGUGAGAAGAUCAGAGCGUUGGUUGGCGAUAAAGCGAUACCGACUACUGAUCCGAAUCAAUGUAUUUUGUGUCGACGAGUUCUUUCGUGUAAAUCUGCACUUCAAAUGCAUUAUCGAACACAUACUGGGGAAAGACCUUUUAAGUGUAAGAUUUGUCAACGAGCAUUCACAACCAAAGGAAAUUUGAAGACGACAUAUGGUGCAUCGGACCGAGUCUUAAAAGUUCUCGGGCAACUAAUUAUUGUGAAAAGGCGACUACCAGUCAUCCCAGGCAGUAGUCAGGUAAGUCACCGCGUAAGUGCUUGUGGCAGGAGUACGAACGUGGGCUCUUCAUUUGAGGAGUUUUUUGGGAAUUUUGGGGCCCCUGGGUAAAUUCUUGUGUGAAUCCGGAUCACCAAGAACUCGUCGUAAGACAAGAAUCGUCGUAAGACAAGAAUCGUCGUAAGACAAGAAUCGUCGAAAGACAAGAAUCGUCGUAAGACAAGAAUCGUCGAAAGACAAGAAUCGUCGAAAGACAAGAAUCGUCGUAAGACAAGAAUCGUCGUAAGACAAGAAAUCGCUACGGCAAGAAAAAAGUUGAAACAGUCGCUAACGCAAGAAAUCGCUCCGGCAUGAAUUGAAUUAAAAAAAAAAUAUAUCGCAAAGCGAGCCCUAAAGAGGCGCCCUAAAGAGGCAUAGAAAGAAUAUAUCGCAAAGCGAGCCCUAAAGAGGCGCCCCAAAGAGGCAUAGAAAGAAUAUAUCGCAAAGCGAGCCCUAAAGAGGCGCCCUAAAGAGGCAUAUAAAAAUAAUGAAAGUUCAAUCAGAACUAAAUAUUUGAUUACAAAAUUAUAGUCAAGCAUUCAGAAUAAUUUAGUUAUUUAUCUGUAAGAAAAAUUAUUAAUUGUGUUUCUAUAAUCAGUUUGAUUCUCUAUUUUCUAAUAUUUUUGAAUGUGGAAAAUGUAGAUCUAGUCUGAAUUUAUGAAAUGUAAAUUGAUAAUGAUCAAAAUAUUUUUUUAAUCCAUAUUUGAAAGAAAAUUCAUAAGAUGAAUCAGUUUUUAUAUCAAAAAUGUAUAGCAUUUUUAGUAACAAUAAGUGUAUGUAGUCUUAUUUGAAUAGAUUGUACAGUAAGAAAAUUAUUUUAAUUCUCAAAAAAUAUAAUUUUGAAGUCAAAGUUAUGUUUACUCAAAAGAGAAGAUUUUGAAAGAUAUAUUACUCAUGGGGUAAUAAAAUACUCAAAUUACAUAGAAAAGGAAAUAUGUUUUAAACAAAAAGGUCAACCACAUGAGCAUAUCAUAAAAGAUCAUAUAAAACUGUCAGAAGUUAUAUAGACUAGUCAAAGAAAUAGGUCACCGCAAAAAAUACCAGAUGUGAAAAUAAUAACCAGACACUCAUAUAAAAAUACAUACCCACAGAAAUAAAGGGGUCAGAAAAUUUAGAAAGUUCAUCUUCGAAAAAUUAGAAAAAAUAGUUUAAAAAAAACCAUUUUGUUUAAAAGUUGAACAAAAUUGAACAAAAUGAACGAAUUAUUUGAACACAAAUUUUCCUAUCGGAAAUUUUAAAAUUCAAUUAUUAUUAUUUGUUUUGAAAUUAAGUUCACAACCAUCGGGAAAAGUUGAAAUGUAGAAAAAUAGUUAUGAAUUAUGUCUUGAUAAAACAGAAAAUUUAAAUUUAAAAAAAAAAAAAUUAAUUAAAGUUAAAGUUAAUUUAAAAAAAAAAACUACAAAGUUUUGAAAUUUGAAAGAUAAAAGUAAAUUUUUUUUGAAAAAUUAACAAUUUUUGUAAGUGAAAUAAAAUAAUUAAAUUUUUUGGAACAACUAGAUAAUAUGAAACUGUAGAUUAGAGAUUUGCUCAAAAUAAACAGUACAUAUCUGAAAAUUUAUUUGAUAAGUUAUUUAAAAAAAAAAAAAUAAAUAAAUAAAAGAACUAUUUUGAAGAUAAGUCAUAGAAUAAAUGCGUAAAUUAAAAAAAAAAUCGAAAUAAUUUUAAAUUGCUGUUUGAAAAGUAGAGAAUUAGAGGAUCAUUAAAAGUAUAUAAAAUUCUAGUUUAAUAUCACGAAAAUUUAGAGUUUGAAAAUUGGAAGUUUUCAAUUUUCAGAUAAUAAAAUAAGAAUAUUAUAGUUCAUUGUUUUCUACAAAACUAUUUUUUUGUUGUAAUAUUUGUAACUUGAGCUUAAGAAAAGGACUAAAGUAAUGAAACUAGAAAAAUAGAAGAAGUCAAUUUUAAAAAAUUAAAAAAAAAAACAUAAAUUUUGUAAAAACUUAAAAAAGAUUUUGAGUGAAUAUUAAAAGUAAUUUUGAUAUGAACUAAAAAUUUGACUGAGAGAAACUAAAAAAAAACUAAAAAAAAAAACAUUAAAUUAGGAUUAAAUUAAGUAUAAGUUAAAGAAAUUAUAAAUAGAAAAAGAAGAAUUAAAUAAAUAUAGAAGAAGAAUUAAAUAACCAAUUGGUAACUGAUUUAAAAAAAAAACAAGAAAAGAAAAAUAAGUAAAACCGAAGCCUAAGUCUAACAAUCAAUUGAUUAUUAGAAGAUAUCUAGAUAAACAGCAAAAUGAAGAAUUGAUAGAACAAUUCCCAUGUAUAUGAAAGUUGAAAUGAAAUUCCGAAUGUUGUUAGAAUGAUUCAAAUUAAGUAUGAUCCAUUAUGGAGUAAACGUCUAAAAAUGGAUGUGAAAACCAAAUGAGCGAUGAUUCAAUAGGCAAGGUGCCAUUUUUCGCGUUUCCCCGGGAGUGUGGCGCAGCCAAUAGCAAAGGGUGUAAUAUAAGUAAGCCUCUCUGUGACCACGCCCAUUUGGUGGGAUGCAAGGUCCGAGGGAAGAGACGUCAGUCUAUCAAGAGAUGGCUCAACUAUAGGUUCUGAUAGGAAGCGCGAAGACGACACGGAAGACUGUGGAAGCGGAACAUCAGAAGUAAGUCUUGGGCUAAGCGGUAAUUAGGUGUGACGAUAGAAGUCACCUGUAGUGUUCGGGAUAGAACACUGUGUCGAAGACGACAUAGUCAUUGGAUUUCUCAAGGGAAUUAUACUAUAUAGUGAUGAUUUUAUGUAAUCAAAUGCACUUUCAAAUCAUAUCAAAUCCUAGGAUGAAAUUUGGGGAAAAGGUCAGAAUAGGUGUAAAGGAAGUUGGGAAAGGGGGAGGGGGUUCAAGAAGUUAUAGGCGUAGAAUUUGGAUUUUUGGAAACUUUUAAAAACAGCAGAGCAAAGGUUUCAAUUCUCAUAAAUUUUAAUUCCAGAUUGAAAAUCCAACAGGAUCAUCUCAACAUCAAAAACUAAGCUGUCAACAGUGUGAUUCAACAUUCGAUUCAUUCUCCCAAUUCGCAAGUCAUAUGAAAUCGCAUCUCACAAAUUCUUCCUCCUCUCAAAAUUCAUCAUCCUCUUCUCCUUCUUCUCCACCAACCACUAAUAAUAUAAUAUUGUAUUGUCCAUUAUGUCCGCUGAUGACUUUUCUCGACACCAAUGUAAGUAUUAUUCCCAAAGGAAAUUUGCCAGUUUUUUGUUUCUUUUUUUUAAUUUCAAAUUGAAUUCGAAACAAUUUCGCGUUUAAUUUCUUCAAAACAUUCUCAAGGGAUCAAUAACUUUUUUUUAUUCUUGCAGUCUCGCCUUGAACAUAUUACUCUUCAACAUUUACAAAUGCGAGUUACUCAAUAUAUGUGUUCACAUUGUGAUAUUUCAUUCAUUUCUCCUCAAAUUUUCAAUACUCAUUUUAAUCAAUGUCAUCUUCGAAUCAAAUAUGAAUGUAAAGUUUGCAAUUAUGUCACUGAUAAUGAAAAAAUCUUCAAAGGUAUGGAACUAUAGUGAUUUUUGAGAAUGGGAUUUGAUUGAUAAAAUUUUACAGAUCACAGUCGUUCUCAUAGUCGACAAGAAAUCAGUUUAGGAUGUAUGGCUUGUGCUUGUACAUUUUCAAAUCAACAAAUGUUAAUGGCUCAUGUUCAAUUAUGUCAUUCUCAGUGAGUUUCAGAAGGAAAAUUGGAUUUUGAAAAUUUGAGUUGGACAAACGAAGUUCCGAUUUUUUUGUCAAAAUUGAUCUACAAAUUCAACUACAGUAAUCUAGAAUUGCAAUCCCGAAUUCAAAUAAUUUUUCAGUGAUUCAAAUCUAUUCAAAAAUCGUCUAAUUCUACCAGGAAAUCCGAAACUCCCCGAAACAACUCCUCGUGCAUCCAAGGUACUAGUUUUUAUUUCCCUUUUUUGAAAAAAAAAUACAACUUUCAUUUUUUCGCAGCAGUCAACUCGGCCUUUGACUUGUUCAGUUUGCGAUGAGACAGUAAUCGGUGAAGAUGGACUUGAUGAACAUCGACUUUUUCGACAUUGUAAAGUUCGAUAUGCGGAUAAAUGUGCAGAUUGUCAUGAACAAAUUACAAAUGAUGAAGAGUUAGUUUUCUUGGGUUCAAAAAAGUUUUUCCAAGCUUAUUUUGAAUUAUUUUUCUGAUUAUCAAGCUUAGGUUUCACAAGUUUUUUCCUAAACUUUGAAAAAAAAUUGGGAAACAUUCCUUGGAAAUUAUGAACUCGGGAAAAAGUUCUUCAUAUCACAACCUUAUUCCUUACAGAUUUGUUGAACAUUGUGCAAAACAUGCAAAAGAUAUGACAAUUCAUUGUCCAGUUUGUCGACAAACAUUGCGAUCAGAAAUCCAGAUUCACGCACACAAAAAUUAUCAUAUGGAAAGUCGUCCGCCAAGUAUUGAAAAACAAGAAGAAUUCGAGCAAAAUGAUGAUAAUAAUUUCAAUUUUACUUGUCCAGUUUGUGGCGAGAAAUUCAAAAAUGCUCUGAAAUUGAUCGAUCAUGGUUUCACACAUUCUGUGCAAUAA